AUGGCUCAUGCACUGAAUUCAACGAACUCUCGUUAUACAGACAUUUGUGAUGAGCCUGUAGAGAAAUUACUUACACCGAUUAGUGGUCAUCAGUAUCAACCAUUGGUAUCAUUAGAAGAGGCUGUUGAACCAAUCGAUCAUUUAUUUAAUGAUCUUCGAGAUUAUGUUUUGGUUGCCAAACACAACUGUCGAAAUCCUGAUGAAGGCUUGACACAAGAUGAAUCAGCUGCAAGAGAACGCCCAUUAAGAACGUCCAGCGGAAAAAUGGCGUUUUUCUCAAAAGUUCUCCAUGAUGAGUGGCUUCGAAUACAUUUAUAUACAAUGCAAUUUGAUAGUGGACCAAGUCUGUAUAAAAUAUUAAAUGAAACAUUACGAGCCGAAAAUCGUGACAAUUUGAAAGAUUGGUUUUUAUUUUUAAAACUAUUUUUAUCUGCAUUAGAAAAAUUACCAUCAGCAGCACAAUCAGUUUAUCGUGGGGUUAAAGAUGUCGAUCUAAGUGAUAAAUAUAUUAAUGGUGAAAAGUUUGUUUGGUGGGGUGUUAGCUCUUGCACAUUAAAUAUAGAAGUUUUACAAUCAGAACAAUUUUUAGGUAAAUUUGGAAAAAGAACAUUAUUUUCAAUUGAUAGUAAAAAUAGUAAAUCGAUUAUAACCCAUUCAUACUAUAAAAAGCUUGAAAAAGAAGUGAUACUUAUGCCCGGUACUUAUCUUGAAGUUGUUGGUAAAAUAGAUGCUAAUAAUGGUUUGCACAUUAUUCAAUUAAAAGAAAUGGAACCGCCGAUUAAAUUUGUUAAACCAGCAAAUAAAAUACAGAUGGGAGAAUCGACGCAAUUAAUACAAAAUAUGAAACUAAUGGAGAAAAACCCAGUACUAGGUCUGUAUCUUGAUGACUUUUAUUUCUCCCCGGGUUAUCUAAUGGAAGCUGUGAUUAUGGAAUUUUAUAAAAGAUGA